AUGAUAACCAUUUUUAUAUUUAUCCUAAUUGCUGUAGGUUUAUUAACAACCAAAAUAUUACAUCGAUAUAUAUCACAUAAAAAAAUACCUUGGUAUGUUUAUACAGCAGUAUGGAUAGGAUGGUUUAUGUGUUUUGGUAUUGUUAUUUUAGUGCCAAUAGACAUUUUAAUUACAAGUUAUAGAGCUUGUUUGGGUAAUGAUAGCAGUGAUAUUAGUAGUACUAGCAAUAGUUUUAAUCAAUUAUCAAAUGAAAUUCAAAAUACAUGUAGCGAACCAUACUCAUAUAUUAGUCCAAAUGCUUUGAAGAUUAUUUAUCAGACAUUUUAUUUUGGUACAUUAUUGUUAACAUGGUUAGUUUAUCCACUAUUAGGUUCAUUUGUAUUGGCAGGUGAUUUCACUUUUUAUGGAAAGGUAUCAAGAUCACUCAGAGAAAAUGCAUAUUUAUAUUUAGCUUUUGCAGUUAUUGGUUUAAUAUUAAUGAUAUUCUUAUUAAUUGUUAAAAGAUUGGAUUGGGCGGCAUUGGUUGGUUUUGCAAUGGCCGCAGCAAAUACAUGGGGUCUCUGUUUGGUUAUCGUUUUAAUGGGUUAUGGUUUGGUAGAAACUCCAAGAAAUAUCUGGCUUAAAACUAAACGUACUAUAGUCUUGAAGCAUUUACAAUAUAAAGCUGUAGAUCUUUUAAACUCUAGAAAGAAAGCAAACGAUGAAUUAAUUUCAACUUUAAAGAUCAUCAAAAAGAUAGAAGAAAAAACUCAAAGAUUUGACCCAUAUGAAAAGUAUAUUAAAAUUAUUAUCGAGCAAUGCCCACCCGAGUACUCUGUAAUUCAACAAGGUGAAGGUACUGGCGAAGUAACUCAUUCAAGUUUAGUUUCUUUAAAUUCAAGAUUAAAAAAUGCAAUCCAAAAUAGUCAAAGAUCAGAAUUUUUAUAUGACCAAUGUUUGGCAGAAACUUUCGAAUUGCAAGAUAUUAUGAGCAGUGAAUUAAAUUUAGAUAAAAUAGUUCAUUGGAGCUUUAAAGAGCCAAGAACAGGUAGAUUCGCACAACAAUUAGAUUCAUUCGAAUGGAUUUGGUAUAACUAUUUAGAGAUUUGGGUAUUUAGAGUUUCAGCUAUCAUUUUCGCACUCUUAUCAGUCUUGGUCGUUUACCAAGAAUUUGCACUUGCAGUUUCUACUACCGAUAUUUCUGUUCUCUCAAAUAUUACCAAACAUGCAAACAUAUCAAACUUUUUGAUUCAAUUCAUUGUAUUUUUCCCAUUAGGCUAUGAAGCACUUACAACCUAUAGUACAUUAUUUAAAAUUAAAAUUUUCAACUAUUAUCGUUUAAUCCCACACCAACACUCUGACUCGAAUAGUAUAAUUUUUAGUGCUGCUUAUUUAUGUAGAUUAGCUGCACCAUUAUGUUAUAAUUUUAUUCAAUUUAUUCAUCUCAGUAAUGACACUUCCUUUGCAAGGGUUAUGGGUACUACAAAUUUUGCACCAUUUUUAGGAAACUAUUUCUACAUUUAUUUCCCAGUUUUAAUUGUUAUUGUUUGUUCAUGUACUUUAUUUAACUUGUACUCUAGAAUUAUGAAUUGUCUCAAAAUUAAUAGAUUUAGAUUUGAUGAAGAGUUCUCACAUGACCAAAUAGAUGAAGGUAAAUUCCUUGUUGAUAUGGAAAGAAGAAAAUGGACCGAUAAUAAUAUUAAACCACUUAGUUCAAUCUCUGCAACACCAUCGUCACUUAAUCCAACAAGCAAUACACCAAAACAAAUAUUCAAAUCUGGCUCUGCUUCAGUUUCUAAAAACUCACCACCAUUAUCAUCUUCGCCCUCAUACAAACUUGAUGAAAUGGAUAAUGCCUUCGAUAUUGACGAUGAUAUCGAAUCUUCAUUACCAAAUACCUAUAAUGCCCAUUUAUCAACCUCAUUAAACUCCUCAAGUGGAGGAAGUCCUUCAAAUGGUGCUAGUAGACUUUCUUCUUCAGUAUCCGGAUUCCCCUCAAUUUUUGGAAACAAAAAUAAUUCAAGUAAUAACAAAUAUCAACCACUUUCAAAAAAAUAA